CUGAAGGUAAAGCGUAUAUAUUAAAUUGCUCAGCGAAAUGGCUGCAGAAGAAUGGCAGCUUGAUGACUUUGAGAUCGGAAAGUUCAUAGGUGAAGGGAAGUUUGGCAAAGUCUAUCUCGCUAGAGAAAAACAGAGUGGAUAUGUCGUAGCGUUAAAAGUUAUUUUCAAGAAGAAGCUGGAAAAGUAUCAAUUCUUUGGACAUCUCAGGCGAGAGAUUGAGAUCCAACAUAGCCUUGACCACCCUAAUGUCCUCCGCCUAUUCGCUUGGUUCCACGAUGAGACUCGCGUCUUCUUGGUCCUCGAGUAUGCUGCGCAAGGGGAGCUUUAUAAGCUGCUCAAGAACUUGCUCCGCUUCUCCGAGAAGCACGCGGCUACGACUGCUAUGAAGGCAUUGGUUUCCAAGAAUCUUCUGGGCCACUUAAACAUGGAUGUGAAAAUUUCCAUUGCCUAUUUUCUUAAUGAAAUAACAAGAAUAACAACACUAGAUGCUCCAUAUGAUGAUGAUAUAAUGAACGAGAUAUUUGAGCUAAUUGUUGGAGCUUUCAAGAGUUUGGAUGAGUUGUCAAGCCGUUCAUUUCUGAAGAGAGUUUCAAUAAUUGAAGAUAUUGCAAAGGAAAGUGAAAAAUUUCAUCUUGAAAAAUCUGUUGCUGUUGUAGAUGGAUCUUCCAAACCGGUGACGAAUAAUGGAUCUUUUCAGAAUGGAAAUGAUGUACCAUGGCUGCAAAGAAAAAGGAUGAAUUUCUCCAUCAUAGUAGUAAAUCUAGAGUUAAUACUAAACAUAGCUUGGAUCCAGGAAAAGGAUGAAACUGAUGCUGUAGACAUUCUUACCUAUAGACUUGAUAACUCUACUUUUCUGGGACAAAUUACCAAGUUGAGAAUGACAGAUUUGUAUUCCCCAACUUGA